CAGUCAAACCAUUGACGACGCCAUCACGGACGGCAGGCUACCGAGAUCAAAAGCGCAGUGAUACGCAAAAAGAAUCUUUUCCUGACAGUCUCUCGGGGCCCAUUUUCGUCCUCAACCACCAAUGAUCACACACCCCAAGACUCUUCAAUCGGAAAUCGGACGAAAGACAUUGGGUCACGACUACGAUCCAUCGCUUAUUCAAGCAGUCACGAGAACGUGAACCCCAAAAAUCUAUCCAGACCAAUAGAAGCGGAAACAUAUAUCAGGCCAAAGAAUCCGACUACAAAGAAGUCUCCAUGGGAGAACCGUUUCACUCCUCUCAUAGAAAAGGAGCAAUCAACCUCUUCUUCGACAAGCGUCGACGCCACAUCAAUGACUGUGUUGACUAAGCUCAUGAAGCAUCUGAUAUUUCUAUUCAAGAUAUACAUUUUUAGUGCUAUUUUAAUGAAGCUGAACUUACUAUCAUGGAAUGUUGACGGUGUCAUGCAAUCUGCUCUUGCUCUAGAUAAUGUUUCGAGUAACUAUGACAUAGACAUUUGUGCAAUCUCAGAACACAAGUUAUUUAAUGACAAUUUGUAUUUUGUAGACAGUAUUAACAAUCAAUAUGAAUCUUUCUCCAGAUCUGAUGCUUCCCUAGAUCCAUUCAACUCCUUCAGAAGAGGUAAAGGAGGAGUAUCCCUCGUCUGGAAACGCAAUCUAAAUGCACAGAUCACAAGGUUAACUAGCAUUGAAUGCGACAGAAUCGUGGGUAUAGAAGUGGUCAUUAGCAAUUGUGUUCGUUUUGAAGCUUGAAAGAGUCUUAACUAGCGCACGCGAGGGUCACAUACUAAAUACAGACAUCCUAAACAACAUCAUCACAGACAACCUUAUAACUACAAGCAAUGAAUGUGUUCCACACAAGGAAUUCAGACCCUUCUU